GAAUUCGGCUCUGCAGGGAGCCAGUGCCCCUCCUGGGACCUGCCGCUCCUCGCCCGGGCAGGUGCCUCCUCCCAGCUGUCCCUCCGUCCGGCUGUCCUCACGGCCGGGCCCCGGCCAUGGACGUGCAGGUGCCCUUGUGGCACCACUACCUGCAGGCCCUCCGCUCGCGGGCGGCGUCCCGGGCGCAGGACUACCAGCGCGCGGAGGACGUGCUGCUCACGGUGCUGGAGCGGGUGCACGCCCGGGACCCCCGCUUCCUCGUGGACUACUCCCGGGACCUGGAGGCCUCGCAGUUCGCCCUGCGCUCCUCGGACGGCCCUGUGGAUGUGGAGGUGCCCCUGAGGGUGGACGCCGGAGCCCUCCUGAGCGAGGAGCUGGGGGCCGCUGAGCCGGGCCACGGCCCCGCGUCCUGCUGCCUGGGUGUCCCCCGGGAGGGGGCCGGCCUGGAGCCGUGGGUGACUGACGACGUCUUCACCGCCUCCUCGGACGGCAGCACCAAGGGCUGCGGCCACAUCGUGCCCGGCAAGGUCCUCCACCUCCUCAGGGACCUCCUGGUGGCCGCCAUCGUGUACUGCAGGCUGCACGGCCUCGUCCCGCCAGGUGCUCUGAACACGGACAGCCUGAGGGAGGAGGAGCUGCACCUGUCCCUGCUGGUGUCCAGCGGCUGGAGGGCCAUCCGCUUCCACGUGCUGCCGGCCGUGCGGUGGAAGCACAGGGUGCCCGCCCUGGAGGGCGCCCAGCGGGUGCCCGGCUUCCCUGAAGGCAGCUUGAAAAGGAUCAUCGGCCAAGAGGUGGCCCUGGUGCCUGCCAGUGCCCAGCUCUGGAGGGUCUCCACGGACUACCUGCUCACCAGGCUGCUGGGCGAGCUGGGCGCCCUGCCGGGCCAUCGCCUGGACAGCCUCUCCAUCCUCGACCGGGUCAACCAGGAGAGCUGGCGUGAUGGCGGCCAGAGCCCUGGCCUGACCUUUGGCCACCUGAAGACGGUGCUGCUCUGGGCCUCGGCGCUGUUCCCCGCGCCCGAGGACUGGGCAGAGCUGCAGGGCGCCGUGUACCGGCUGCUGGUGGUGCUGCUGUGCUGCCUGGCCACGCAGAAGCUGCCCCACUUCCUGCAUCCCGAGUGCAACCUGCUGCACGGCGCCGGCCUGGACCUCGGCGCCCUCUACCAGCGCGUGGAGCGCUUCGCCAGCCAGCCGGAGGCCUCCCUGCGCAUCCACGCCACCCACCUGGGCCCCAGCCCCCCGCCCCGCAUCGACCACGGGGUCAAGGCGCUCCUGCAGCUGCCCGCCAGCGACCCCACCUACUGGGCCACCGCCUACUUCGACGUCCUGCUGGACAAGUUCCAGGUCUUCCACAUCCAGGACCAGGACCGGAUCGCGGCCAUGCAGAGCAUCUUCCGGAAGACCAAGGCUGUGGGCGGCGAGGCCAGCUGAGUGGGCGCCGGGCGCUGCCAAGGCUCCCGGCUCCUUGACAGGGGCGUCCCCUGGGGAUGGGCGGUGGGUGAGGAGGGGACAGUCCCCUGGGGCCUGAGAGUGCGGACGGCCGGCCUUCUGGAGCAGCUGCUUGUCUCCAGGGGCGAGGGCCGCGGAUGCCAGGCUUCCUGUGACCUGUGUCUGUCUGUCCUGUGGGAUGCGGUCUAGACGCUGAAGACAGGGUGUCUGCGGGAGAUGCGGAACCCAAGGACUCGUCCCGACCUGCGUCCAAAGGCUGCUGCGUGAGACAGAGAGCUGUGUGUCUGACCUUGAAUAAAUGAAUGCACUUCCGA